AUGUCAUUGCUCUUCGAUCCGGGGUUCGUGAUCCUUCGGGAAGAUCAGAGCAUCAAGCUCUUCAACAUUAUUCUCGUUAUGUCACAAGUGUUCGGUAGGCGAAUCCUCCGAAUUUCCACACACUCCCAUAUUUCAUGUUCAGGCGGUCUCGCAGUGCUGCUCGUGACGGUUUGGAUGAGCGAGUUCGAGAGUGGAUUCGCGUGGAAUGAGGAUCCCGACAAGGAGUUCAACUACCAUCCGACGUUCAUGGUCAUGGGGAUGGUAUUCCUGUUCGGCGAGUCCAUCCUCGUCUACCGCGUGUUCCGCAACGAACGCAAGAAGUUCAGCAAGACCUUGCACGUCGUCCUCCAUUCGGUCGUCCUAGUUUUCAUGCUGAUGGCCCUGAAGGCCGUUUUCGACUACCACAACCUGCACAAGGAUCCUUCGGGCAACCCGGCGCCGAUCGUCAACAUGGUCUCUCUCCAUUCGUGGAUCGGUCUCUCCGUCGUCAUUCUGUUCUGCGUGCAGUACGCCGUCGGAUUCAUCACCUACUUCUUCCCCGGAAUGCCGAUUCCCAUCCGUCAGCUCGUCAUGCCAUUCCACCAGCUCUUCGGAGUUCUCAUUUUCGUUUUCGUCUCCAUCACUGUCGCCAUGGGAAUCUCGGAACGUGCCGCCUGGAAACACACGUGAGCCUCUCCUAUCCGACUACAUUUAAUCUCAGAAUUGUAUUCAGGUGCUGGACGAAGGACGGCCAGAUGUGUGCUCAGCAAGCGACCUCUUCGUUCGUCGGCGUCUUCACCUUCCUCUACACUGUCUGCGUCCUCCUGCUCGUUCUGAAUCCCCGCUGGAAGCGCCAGCCUCUUCCGGAAGAGGAAGGUCUUCAUCAUCUGACUUCCAGCCACUCCAUGUCCGACUGA